CCUAACUCAUUAUACUUGAAUCCACCCGAAUCGUCAUAACAAAUACUAUCUGUAGGUAGUUAAUACGCUGCCACCAUCAGGAUGAAGUUCAGUGUCAUCUCCUCCACGCUCCCUAUGGCACUGAGUGUCAGUAUACCCCGUGCUAUACCCACAGGUUCUUGGUUAAUUAGCAUCGAAUCAAGAUAUCCAUUAUAUCUAUUCGAUAUCAUUCAAGCCAACAAUGGUGGGUUCUGGUACAAUAAGGCACCCUCAUCUAACUGUCCGGACGAGGUGGAAGGUCUAGAUUGCUCAAAGUAUCCUGGAACCCAGACUGCUUUCAUUGAAGGAAGUGUAAAUGGCACUGUUUCUUUAGAUGUUGCCGUUCCUGGUGGCCAACAAGUGUACGUCGCCCCUGAUGGUGCCUUGUCCUACACCACCCCUCAUUCCGCCGCACUUCCCGAAGGAGCCAUCACCACCGGCUUCCAUCGCUACAGGAGUGAAACGUUCGGCGCCCCAAUUAUGUUGUCAUUUGCGGGAAAGAGCAUUGUUGCAUGCCCUAGUCCGGAGUCUAAGGACGUCUACCAGAUAUAUGUUGGUGGUACCAACGGUCAGAACUGUUCCUGGGUCAAUGUAUAUGCCGAAACAUCAAGUUCUGAUGCGUACGAAUUCACUGCUUAG